AUGGCAGGCAAACUGUGGAGGAUUGCCGCCAUCGUCUCGGUCGGGAUCAUCGCGAUGCUGAUGGCGAAGUCCGGCCCUGAGCUUGACUGGGAAGACGACAUUCUUCCCAAAGCCCGACAAAAAUAUGAUCCAACAAUAUCCUACAGCGUCAGCAAACCCUUGUCGAAUCGAGUGGUCGUUGUCACUGGCGCAACCAGUGGGAUCGGUCUUGGUCUGACACGAGCGCUUUCUAGUCUGGGUGCAAGUGUGAUUGUGGUAGGAAGAUCCAAGCGAAAAUUGGCACUGCUGCAGGCUGAGAUUCCGACAGUCCGCCCAAUACUAGCAGACUUUUCCGACUUGGCGGCAGUUUCCUAUGCGGCGACUGAGAUUGCUCAAAUGAUAGAUCAGGUAGAUAUCCUCAUCAAUAACGCUGGAAUGCAUGCGGCAUUCAACCAGUGGAGUAUGUCGAAUCAAGGUUACGACACGGUAUUUACGGUGAACUACCUUUCGCAUUUUCUGCUUACCGAAAUCUUAGCGCCAAAACUUGCCAACUCAUCCCAGCCCCUCAUUGCGCAAGUGUCCUCUUCCUAUCAUUGGGCCGUGGACGGUUCAGAUCUGAUGGUACACGAUGAAUCUGUCGGACCCGUCGCGAGUCAACCAGGAGGUUCUCACGGCUUUUAUGUAUUUCGGUCGCAGAGAUCUUAUGCAAACUCCAAGCUCGCUCAGAUUUACCACGCAAGAGCAUUGAAACGCAAUCAGCCACUUCUCCAAGAUGCUAGAAUUGUCAGUAUUUGCCCUGCAUGGGUUGGAACGAACAUCGCUGCAAGGUUUGGCUCCAUGAUUCACAACAUAGUUGUUGCCAGCGGCUAUUCUCCGGACGCUUGGGGCAUUGCGUCAAGCUUGGAGGCCAUUCUAGGAGACAAUUAUGAGGAAGACUUUUUCAUGAACUCCAAGGUUUUUGAUCUAUUUCCGGCACUCAACCAAAUUUUGUCCCCAGCUUGGAUGUAUCAUACUGGAAUACGGGAUGCAGUUGCUUUUUGCAUGGCGUCCGCAUCAAUGCAGCUGCAACGAUUCUGGCCGCAUGCUCACCCUAGUCCGUCUUCCUUGGAAUCCUACAAUGAAACAAUUGGGAAUUCUUUGUAUGAAUGGAGCUUGAGAGCUGUGGGAGAAUUCAACCGCAACGCCUAG